AGGCAAGGAAAGCUUGAGUUUGUGUGUUGUGCUGCUCCUGGUUAAAUCUCUGGUUUCUGUGGGUGUCUGUAAACAAAAAACUCACACUUUGGCUUGAUUUGACUUUCUUAAAAAAUUGAGUUUUCUGCUGCGUCUCCCAGAAUUCCUGUAGAGGGAUAAACAAACAUUUCUCAGUAGCUCUAAGGUAGGGAGGAACUUUUUCAACAUUUUAUUUACUCACUGUGUGUGUGUCUGUUUAUCAACUUUCAAACUACCACUUUCACUUGAUUGAUCAGUUUCUUUCAUUUUUCCAUUAGUAUUGAUAAUCUUUUUUGAGGAUUGAACAUACAUUUGCAAUGAAAAUGAAAGGUGCAGUUUGGUGCUUAUUCAGUCUUGUUAUGUUUUAGCCUCCCUCAGUACCCUUGGGUAUGUCCGGUUUGUCUUGGCUGUGCCAGAAACACUUAUUUAAGGGAUAAUCCCUGGGACUGAACUAGUGUAUGGUCUCAUUACAUUUUGUAUGAUUUGGUCAUGUGGGAUUCAUGACCUGUGCAUCGCAUAUCUUUUCUGUUUAGCAGUAUAGCCUCAUUUCCAUUAUUUUCUUGUGAUUAUUUGGGAGUUUCAGAGUUUACCUUUUGUCGUAAUUGUCGUUUCUACAUUGGAACUCAACAUUCAGGUAAAUCUGUGUUUAAUGUGACACUGGUAGUGGAAUUCAGCUUCUGGGAGGAAGGCUAAGGCGCAAGUCCACCAAGGGAAUGCCUCACAUCGGCCUGAAAUAAACCGUGCUUGCCGCAUAGUGUGUUCAAACCGCUCUGUGCAGUGGAGUAUAUGACACAAUAAGGGAGAACUGUUUUUCCCUUUCAUCGCCAAUGGUUGUCCCGAGAGGGAAGUUAUGGUCUGUAUUCAUGUAUUCUCCCCUCAUAAGCAUGCAGGCCUGGUGCUUUAGCCUCUGUUUACUUCAUUUGUGGAGGUUUGAUUCCUAGUUAUCCAAAAAGCGUCCUGGCAGGACCUGAAUACCAACUACUUUAAGUUUUAGGCCAUUGCAUUUUAUCGCUAGUGUAAAUGUGAGGAAGCGCCUUAUUUAUAUAGCGCUCACACCCUGAUGUGACCCAUAUCUCUUUAUGACUCGAUUAGCACGCGGUACGUUCGAUUAACUUUCCUGAAGGCCUGCCCGCAAGCACAGAACUCACGGUUCUGUCUAGAAACUGGUGAGUGACGGCAGGAUCGAGGGGUUCCCCAAGUGCCAGCUGUCAGCUAAAUGGCCGAUUGCACACCUCGGCUACUUUUAGACAUAUAUUUAAGGUUUGCAAAUUUUCUAGGAAAAAUGAUGGCAACUCAACAAUUUGUCUCUCUGCCACCAACACCCCUAGCUGGCUACUUUUCUCACCUGGCUGGCUACUAAAAAAUUUGGGGAACCCACUGAGGGUCCCAGACAGGUCGGAAGCCAUGGAGACCAAGAAGGAGGCGGAGCUACUGGAGUGCAGGCUGAGUGUGUCAGACUUUGUGAAAAUGCAGAACCUCUUCCUGCCAGGUGAAGCAGGUGAGUCAGGUGACCCGGUGUCCUUGGAGAGGGCGGAGUUUGUGGAGCGGGCGUGCUCCCUGGUGGGCCGAGGCUCGCGCGAGGAGUACGGGCAGCUCUUCGACAACGUGGACGUGACCCGCGAGGGCCGUGUGGACUGGGAGAAGCUGACCACCUUCCUGCUGCUGGAGCUGUCGGAGAAGGACGAGCACGCCCGGGCGGCCAUGGUCACGCGCUGGAAGCCGCUCCGAGCGCUGGCCGCCACGCACAGGGAGCCCGUCCAGCAGGUGGCAUACCUGAGGAGCUCCGACGAGUACCUGAGCGUCAGCAAGGACGGUGUGCUGGCAGUGUGGGCGGACGACCUUGCCCUUCUGAAGACCCAUCGCCUCGCCAACGACUCUGUCAAGCCUAAAGAUCUCUGGGUAACCGGAAUGGUGGUCCUGGCGAACGUGCAAAAGAUAGCUGUGAGCUUCACCAGUAAGGAGAUCUGCUUCUAUGACCUACUGUCCAAGCAGGAGUUCAGCUGUCAGUACAAACUCCAGGGCCUUAAACACACUCCCAUCAGCCUGGACUACUGGUUCAAUCCCGAGAAUUCAAAUGAGGCUGUGCUCAGCUUCGGAGAUGUUGGAGGAAAGGUGAGCGGCAUCUGCUUCAGGACGGCCCAGAUGUCCCUGUUCGAGAGGCCUGGCGCAGGGGCGGAGCAAGAGGCGGUCCUUGUCAUCAAGUGGGCGGAGCUUGCGCAAGGUCGCCAUAAGUGCUGUUAUACCGUCCAGCACCAGGCGCACGGCCAGGUGUGGGUCCGUAGAGUGAGGUUCCUGGAACACCUGGAAGCCUUCAUGUCCUGCUCCACCUGCAGUGAGAGCAGCCUAGUCCUCGCCUGGAGAGAAAAAGAGGCCAAAAGCCUCCGGACCACGCCCUUCCACAUCCCCAAGGGCACCAAUGACCAGGACUACCACACCGGCCUCAACCUCAUCGCCACGGCAGGCAUCGACAGCAGGGUGUGUCUGUGGAACCCCUACGUGACCUCUAAGCCAGUGGGUGUUCUGCGGGGUCACAUGACUAGCGUUGUGGCAGUGCAAUUUGUUCUGGGAAAGAAUCAGCUGAUGAGCUUCUCCAAAGACAAGGUGUUGAGGGUGUGGGACGUGCAUCACCAGCUCUGUGUUCAGCGGGUGGCGGGGGUCUUCCCCCGGACGCAGGAGUGCCAGACGCGGCUCUUCUUUCACGAGGAGUGCGGCCGGCUGCUCCUCACCUUCAACAGCCUGCUCACCCUCCUGGAGGCCUGGCAGGAGGUGGGCAGGAGGGUGAGCAGCCACGAGCACGCGGUCACCUGCGUCCUGUACAACCCCCUCUUCAAACAGGUCAUAAGCAGCGAUGCCGGCUCCACCAUUACCUGCUGGUUAAUCGACACAGGUCAGAAGGUCAAGCAGUUCAACCACUGCCAUGGCGACGCCGAGAUCUCCACCAUGGCUCUGGACGCCUCCCAGACCCGCCUGUUCACCGGAGGCAGCGACGGGUCUGUCAAGGUGUGGGAUUUCAAUGGACACUGCCACCACAAGCUGAACGCGGGUCGGGGUCAGGCCGUGGAGAUCUCCCAGAUUCUGGUCCUGAAGCGGACGGUGCUUGUGCUGGGAUGGGAGAGGAUAAUCACCGUUUUCCGGCUCAACACGUUCUCCCAGUUUUUAAUUCAGCCAUCUGAGUGGAAAGGCGGUGUUCAGCAUCGCGACGAUGUCCUCUGUGCCGCCUUCCUUCCCCCUCAGACUCUGGUCACAGGGAGCUAUGAUGGACAGAUCACGGUGUGGAACAACAGCACAGAGAAUGCCCUGCGCAAGCUUCACUGGGCCGGCCAGCAAGGGUUGAGGUCCCGCUCAGACAGCAAAUUACUGCGGCCGCACACUGUGCUGGCUACCCCGAGGAGCUCCCUCCCUGCCUUACCCCUGCUGUGCCCUGCCCCCGCUGGCGUGGAGGACCCAGAGUGCAGCAACGCCGUAACCCGUCUCUUUUUCCUGGAGGCCAGAAAGAGCGUGGCCGCAGCGGGGGGGGCGGACCUGGUGUCUUGUGGGGGCUCGGGUAUGGUGCGUUUCUGGAACACGGCUCAGGGCUGCAUCAUGGGGGAGUUCGUUGCUCACGAGGACUGCGGAUCCAUCAUAAUGACGGUGGACAGGAGCGCACGAUACCUCAUCACCGCAGACAUGGACGGAGGAGUGAAGGUGUGGGACAUACAGGACUACUGCCUCCGCCCCUGCGAGGGCGUGAACCGCGAGGCUCCGGCGCUGCUGACCAGCGCCCGCCCUCACCUGGACUGCGUGACUCAUCUGGAGACCUGCGUUCAUGGCGGGCAGCUCUACCUCCUCUCCGCCUCCGUGGACUGCAGCCUGGCGCUAAGCUACCUCCCUGGAGCUGCCCUGGGCAUCUUUGGACAGGAGGUGCACUGGAACCUCGAUUGGACUGGGGAGCCCCUACCAAACGGCAACGUCCUGCAGGAGAACCAGGAGAGCGAGUCGGGCCGCAGGGAGGGGCCGGGGUCAGCCACACCCUCCGAGCAGCCGUCCCGGGGGCGGGGAUAUCCAAUUUCGGAGGACGCGUCCGUGUUCUUGGCUGUGGAGGUCGAUCCGGACUGUGUGGAAGGGAGCAUCAACAUCAGUCCCUGGAGCAGCAGCAUUCUGGGAAAGAGCUACCAAGAGAGGUGGAGCCUGAGGAAGAGUGACAACAAGCCGUCCCUGUGGAACGAUACACAAAGUCCCAUCGGAACAUUCAGCUCACUGCAUAUGGAGGAGCUGGAUGCAGUGGCAGACGUCCACAAGCCUGACUUUGUGACCAACCCUCAGCAGUACUUCAGGGAGAGCUGGGAUUGCGCCACGCCCAUUCCGUCCUACCUCCCUAUCGCCAUGGAGACGGUGAAAGCAGCCUUUGAUGCCAAGAGUCUGUUUCCGAGAGAACUCCUGGAGCGGGACCAGUGGACGGGGCCGCCGCACGGGGCCUAUGAGGCUGGAACGAAGAGGAGCGGCGGGCAUGGGCGUGGCAGGAAACCAAAAGCUACAGCGGCUUUCAAAGCCAAAUAAAAGAAGACCACACACGCGCACUCACACACACACACACACACACACACACACACAAAGGCCUCUUUUAGUACAAAGCCCAUUCAUACUGUAUACUGUAAACCUAGAAAUUGUAGAUGUGCCCUUGCUUUAUUGAAAUUAUUUUUCAUAUUUGUUUUAUUAAGACUAUGACAUUGAAAUGGAAGGUCUUUUAUAUUACAGUUGCAUUUUAUUUGUGCACCAUUCCCCGGGGAGAGCUGGACUGGACUUGAAUCCACUUACGGCAUGUCUCUGCAUUCAUUGUUACAAUUGUGUUGAUGAGCAUAUUCUUAUACCAUUGCUCAUCUACGCUGUGUAUAGAGGCUGGAGAGAUUUGUUGAAGACGUGUGUUGGAGUUAGGUUUCCCGGUUCCACCGAACACUAUCCUGAUGAAAGCUAUCAGAUUAAUCACAGAGAUCACUUCAUUUCUCAGUACAUUGGGCUACAAGGUGAUGCAAGAGACUGUCACCUUUUCAGUCUCCAGUCUGCUCAGCGAGACAGUGCACAUCAGUUUGAUGGAUGCAUAAAGGCUGUGGGCCCUCAUGCUAAAUGAUGCAUUUAGUGCUGAUUCUGAAUCAGGACACCUCACAGUGCAGUGUUACACUUUUGGUUCAACUUUUUGGUUUCUGCCCAUCCUCAUUGCUUUGAGGGGCAGAAGACUGAUGGCUCAUGGUGUUGGAAGAGGGGGAGUCUUCAACAAAAGUCUUGACCUGCAUCAUACAUGCGGGCAGGAAAGUAUGUCUGUGAGUGUGAAUGCGUGUGUAAUAAGUGCAUCUAGACCUGUUGUUGAGGGAGCUGUAUAAACCUGCCUGUAGAUACUGUACUACACAAACAGGCCCAGGAGCGUAUUUGGACUCUAAGGAUCCCUUAAAUCCCCCUGAAAAAGAAAAACAACAACAAAGAACUGUGAGUGUGUGACAAGCCAGUGAAGAGUUUGAAAAACAGCGCUACUCUUUAAGGUGAGACAGCAGCUCUCCGGGCCAAGAGCGAGAAGAAAGCGCUUUCGGAAGACUUUUGCAGAACUUUAAUAAGAGCGACUUUUCAGACUUCACAGAAAGUUUUUCUUUUUCUCCGUGCGGCGAGCGGCGGAGGCAAUCCGGAGCUCUUCCCGGCCCGUUGCCAGGCAGGGAGAACGGAUGGGCUCAUUUGCUGCCGUGGCGGAUAAGACCAUCAGCGGCGCGGUUCUGCUGGCGCUGACAGACUGAGGCCGAUACGCGGUUCGGGGGGACGGGAUUAUUGAUGGUCCUCGACGAGGGCUCUAAUCUCUCCUCAGAAACAGAAGGCUUAAAUUACAGCGGGGACAGCAGGCUGAGGCUGGGUCCAGCUCACCCCCUGCGACUGGCGGAAGACUCAAUUAAAAGCCUGAAGUUUCCACAGAGGUCACGGGGCGCGGAGUGGAGGGGAAAACCAAUUAUCGUAAUAAAUGCAAUUUUUUGAUGAUAAUUAGUGUUCGUGCUGUUGCUCUGAAAAACACCUGUUGCUUCCCAUGAUUCUGACAGAUGAAAAGAUUGUUGCCAUGGCACUGAACCCAGACCAAUUUAUUUUUAAUAUGUGGUGCAGGAACAAAAAAAAACUGUGAAUUUCUGCACUGUUUGUUUUGCUUGUUGAAAUAUCAUAUGAUCUAAUAAAAAUAACCAUUGGUUCAUAAUCCUUUCAGGGAAAAUAAUGUAGUUGACUUGACAAGGUGAGUAGAAUCUUCCUGUAAAUAUGGUUUUAAGAUGAUCAUUGCCAGUAAAUAACUUCACCUGUUCUGCGAUUAACCCCUCUGUUCUUUGUCAUACAGCUAUUGUUAUUCUCUCUUUCUUUUGUAGGCAUCUAAUGCUUAGCUGAAAGUCUCAAAUGAAUAUCUGUAUUCUCCCUUUAAGCCUGUCAGAAAGGGCUCUGGUCUCUGUGUGUCUCUAGUAAGGGUGUUUAUUUCACUGUAGAUAUCUCUUAAAGGUAUUUGGCCUCCUUGCAUGUCUCUAGUAAAGGCCAUUUAUUACCCUAAAGAUCCCUGUUCUCUUUGUCUCUGCCCAAUAAAGGUGUCUGGUCCCAAUGCAGUCAGUUCUGCCUUAAGACUAUAGUAGCACGCUGUGGUGGUAUAGUCUUAAACCACAGUAGAUCCUCCUAAAUAUUUAAUGGUCCUACUUUACAUCCUCUUAUAUAUUUUAUGUUGGGUGGAGUUUGGCGGCACCUAGUUUUGUAGAUUACGAGCCUGGUGAGCGGGGCUAUUGGGGACCUGUAGGGAUGUUGUGAAGGAGCAGAUGUCAGUGUUGUGUGUUCACGAGGGCUUCCUCGUGAAACAUUACCUGCAGUCAAACUUCCUCUGUUCCUCCUCCAAGCACCUCAACUUCAAGCUUUUCUUCAAUGUCACUCAUUUUCUUUGGUAAAUUUAAAGUUCCCUUUAUUUAUACAAGUGAUGAUUUAUACAAGUAUAAAUAUAUAAAUAAGGAACACAAACACAUAAUCCUCCUCUGCAAAGUUAAAGGAUGAAUACCAAUGACCCACUGCAGAAUCUGUAAUAGGAAUUUGAUGUUUUGGACAAUGCCACAUGCAAAUAUUGGCCGGGCUUCGUUCUACGUGGAAUGCCAAUCAGGGACCUGGGAAAUACUAAUUUUUUAUUUUCUUUGUGAUCUCUGGUGACUAUUGUCAGAAGAAUGUUUUGUAUGUUUUAAGAGAUUUUCAACACAAAAGGAGAAAAACUGGCUCUGGUGUUAGUUUUGGGUUCAUAAUAUUCUAUUAGAUUGACAGAAUGAUAGAAAUGCACAUGUGCUUUUGUGUUAUUGUGAUGUGAAAAUAUUCCCUUUGUAAUAAUCAACCUGAUUGCU